CGGCGACGGCUUUCCUUGAUCGCUUUACUGUAGUAUCUGAACGGUUUGUUCAACAGUUUAGCUUUCGACCACUUAUAAAAAUGGCGCCCAUUGCACACGCGGUUACGGUAUCUUUGAAUGAUUUGAAGAACGGAACUGUCUCCUUAGAGGCACUCGAGGAGGCGUUUGGUCCCGAUUCACUGGGCAUCCUGGUCGUUAAGGACGUCCCCGCGGAGUUCGCUGAGCUGCGCCACCGAUUGCUAUCUUACUCUUCGUACCUUGGAAACCUUCCCAAGUCCGAACUUGACCGGCUCGAGAACGAAAAGGCCAAGUAUCUGACUGGCUGGUCGCUCGGCAAGGAGACUUUGAAAAAUGGCCAGGUCGACAACCUGAAGGGUUCCUACUAUGCCAACUGCGCCUUUUAUGUUGACCCUUCGUUGUCUUGCGCAAAGCCGACGGAGGAGUUCAACCCCGAUAACUUCCCCGAAUACCUGUCGCCCAACCUGUGGCCCCAGGAGAGCACCCUGCCUGGAUUCAAGCCUACCUUUGAGGAUCUUUGUCGCUUGAUUAUCGACGUUGCCGUCCUUGUUGCGCGUGCCUGCGACCGAUUUGCCGAGAAGCAGAUUGCUGGCUAUCCGGCUGGCUAUCUAGAGGGUGUCGUGAAGACCUCGACUACCACCAAGGCCCGUCUCCUGCACUACUUCCCCGAGGAGGCCACCGCGACGGAUGCCAGCAAGGAGAGCAACAAGGAGGAAGAGGGCGAUGAGGACGACUGGUGCGCCACCCAUCUUGACCACGGUUGUCUUACCGGCCUGACCUCCGCCAUGUUCGUCGACGAGGCGGCCACGCCCCCAGUUGUCAACCUAUCGGUAAAUGGCUCGCUACCCCCUCUGGGCGAGCUCCCUACAUCUCCAGACCCGAAGGCCGGCCUCUACAUCAAGUCCCGCACGGGCCAGACGGUACAGGUCAAGAUUCCCCGUGAUUGCAUCGCCUUUCAGACGGGCGAGGCUUUGGAGCGUAUCACGGGCGGCAAGUUCAAAGCGGUGCCGCACUUUGUACGGGGUGCGCGGGCUGAGAUGAGCGCCGGGAGGAUUGCGCGCAACACGCUUGCGGUGUUCACUCAGCCCAACUUGGGCGAUGAGGUUGACAUGGAGCAGCACAUUACCUUUGGAGAGUUUGCGCGGGGCAUCGUUGCCAAAAACACUGUUUCUUGAAGGCCGUGAUUUGGGAAUCUCGGAAGGAUGUGGCAGUUUGAAUUGAUCUUGAUGAUUGAACGAAUGCAUUUUGUACCAAAAAAUGUGUAAUGAUGGUGUUGUAGACAUGAA